CUUUUUUUUCAAGCAAAGCUUUCGGGAUGAGGCAACUUCCGACUGUAGUUUUUAGCCAACCGAGUGAAGCCUGAUGGGAUCAGAAUCAGAGUUCAAUGCUGGGUUACUGGUGAAGUUGUUGAGUCCCCGCGACCCGGAAAAUCGCUCCGCUGAAUUGCUCGGUUAUGAGCAUGUUCGCUAGCAACCGCUGAAGCAGCUGCCCAGCCUUUUCCUUUUUUGCUGCUAGUCUCGGAUUGUUACCUGUAGAAGGCAGCGGAGCUGUCGCGCUCUCCUGGGGAAAACCCUUCUAGUUACAGCAUCCCGUUCCUUUGCCAUGGGCAGUCCCGAAGCGGCCGGUGAGUUUCCAGAUAAUGACAGACCACAAGUUGCCACUGAAGAAUCCAGAAGGCUCACUAAAGAUCAGAUAUUUACACUGGUAGCAACAGCAUCUAUCAACUUCAGUUCAAUGAUUUGCUAUUCAAUCUUGGGACCUUUUUUUCCAAGUGAGGCAGAAAAGAAAGGUGCUAGUAAUACGGUAGUUGGACUCAUUUUUGGAUGCUUUGCAUUAUUCAACUUCUUGACUUCUUUGGUAAUGGGAAAGUAUCUUGUACAGAUUGGAGCAAAGUUUAUGUUUGUUGCUGGAAUGUUCACUUCGGGAUGUGUUACAAUUCUCUUUGGGAUGUUGGACAGAGCACCUGAGGGGCCCAUAUUCAUAGGACUGUGUUUUUUGGUUCGAGCAGUGGAUGCAGUUGGCUUUGCUGCAGCAAUGACUGCCUCGUUUUCUAUUCUUGCAAACGCUUUCCCCAACAACAUAGCUACAGUUCUGGGCAGCCUUGAAGUUUUUACUGGACUGGGAUUAGUGCUGGGCCCACCUUUUGGUGGCUUUUUGUACCAGUCAUUUGGCUAUGAAGUCCCUUUCAUUGUCCUUGGAUGUGUAGUGCUGCUCCUGGUGCCUCUGAACAUGUACCUCUUACCAAAAUAUGAUUCCACUCCUAGCAAAGAUUCAUUCUGGAAGCUUAUUAUUCUACCCAAAGUUAUCCUUCUCUGUUUCACUAUGUUUACACUAAGUGCGUGCUUGGGCUUUCUCGAUCCCACAAUGUCACUGUUUGUCUUGGAAAAGUUCAAAUUGCCAGCUGGUUACGUAGGAUUAGUCUUCUUGGGGCUAGCACUCUCCUAUUCCUUAUCUUCACCAUUACUUGGUUUUCUCAGUGAUAAAAUGCCAUUUCUAAGGAAAUGGCUCAUGGUCUUUGGAGGCUUGCUGACGGCAUUCUGUUAUUUCAUGUUAGGACCAGCUCCCAUCUUGCACAUUGAAAGCAAGCUCUGGCUCUUUGUUCUAAUGUUGGUCCUGAUUGGCUUUUCUCUUGGAAUGACUGGUAUCCCAUUGUUUCCGGAAAUACUCAGUCAUGCAUAUGAGAAUGGCUUUGAGGAAGGAUUGGGCUUGUUAGGGCUGGUAUCUGGACUCUUCAGUGCAAUAUGGUCACUUGGGUCUUUUGUAGGUCCAACGUUAGGUGGAUUCCUAAAUGAAAAGUUGGGCUUUGAAUGGGCUGCAGCCAUACAAGGUGGAUUUGCGCUGUUAAGUGGACUAGCCAUUGGAAUAUACUAUAUCCACGAGGCCUUGCAUAGAAGAAGAUCCCGUCUUCAAAACCUUCAGGGCACAGAGCAAGAAAGGGCUCCCCUUUUACCUAACGAAACGUAGCUGGAAGUCUUCCCUGCUGCCCAUUUAAAGCUAACUGAGGAGCAAAAUGCACAGGUAAAGAAACAAGCAAGCAACUAAGGGUGGCCACCUGUUUCUAAUGCUCCGUGGUGGCCUAUGGAGUCUUGAUCACUGCACUGUACCAUUCUGGUUUUAGAUGAUGAAGCCCAUUUUUGGACAUGCAUAGAUAAAACUAUUUGAACUGGUUCUAUCUGUGAGUGUCAAGGGUGGACAAAAAAUAUUUUGCACAAUGUGAAAAUUAUAUUUCACUAUGUGAAAUAUGUUCUGUAAUACUCUACUUUUGAACUUUAUCACUGAUAUUCAGCACUCAAUAAAUCUGCAUGUCUAGUUUCUUCAAAAGUGCAUCUUGUUAAGGUCCAUUUUGUUAACACUUUUUUAAAAAGAAUAAUAUUCUUUAACCCUUUUAAAGGCAUAUUGUGACCUAAAUCCUUGUUUGCCUGUUAAUUUAAAAUAAAGAACACUAAUAAAAA